UCAGCACCCCGAAUCCCAGCCGCCUCCUGUGCAGGCAGCCCCCAGCCCAGCAUUUCCCUCCUCGCUCCCGGCCCCGCGCUCCGGGCGGACAGGAGGGGGAGAUCUUCACCACGACUCACAGCCUGCGCUGCGCCCGGUGAGCUCUGCGCUGCUCUUUGCUCCCAGCAGCGCGCCUUGCAGACGGGAGCGCUCCGAUGGCCUGAACCAUGGCCGAGGGGGAGAUAACCACCUUCACAGCCCUGACCGAGCGCUUCGGCCUGCCGCUGGGCAACUACAAGAAGCCCAAACUCCUGUACUGCAGCAACGGGGGCCACUUCCUACGGAUCCUGCCGGACGGCAAGGUGGACGGGACGCGGGACCGGAGCGACCAGCACAUUCAGCUCCAGCUCAGUGCGGAAGACGUGGGUGAGGUCUAUAUAAAGAGCACAGCAUCAGGGCAGUACCUGGCAAUGGACACCAAUGGGCUCCUGUAUGGCUCGCAGCUACCAGGCGAGGAGUGUUUGUUCCUUGAGCGGCUCGAGGAGAACCAUUACAACACAUACAUCUCCAAGAAGCACGCAGACAAGAACUGGUUCGUCGGGCUGAAGAAAAAUGGGAACAGCAAGCUGGGGCCGCGGACUCACUAUGGGCAGAAGGCGAUCCUCUUCCUCCCGCUGCCAGUGUCGGCCGACUGACUCCCAUCCCACAGCUCACAGGCACCCCGCCACGGCGCCGGCCGCCCACCCCUGCUGCCCCUUCCUGGCGUUCCAAUGAAGAGCCAAGCGUUAGAGCCCCGAGCCGUAGGUAAAGGCUUGAACCAAACCAGACCCGAGCUGCUCAGCCCUGCACGACCCUUCGCAGUGAUGACGAGGAGCUUCGAGGACAGCCGUGCACCGUGGAUGUGUGGCUUCCAGCCCCGCUGCUGCUGGAACCCAGCACCCCCAGUGCCCCAUGAUCCCAUUUGUCCAUCCAAGUACGUCGCUGCCACAGCGCCUUCGAGCAACUUCAAACUGCGCCAUUGUUCGUGUUACUGAGCAAAAAGCUUGCAGAUAACUUCACCAUACUAAGCCAGCCAGAAGCUCCAAAUCCUCAGCAUCUCAACAUUCCUUAGAAUAUUGCUGUCCCUCAUGCUGAUAUCUGCCACGUUAUUUGUGUUUAUUUAUUAAGCAGAUCUGUCUCUUCCACAAUCCCUUUGUAAGUAGUGCACGUGGCACCAAAUGCCCUGGCGCUGUCCUGGAGAUGCUGGAGCAGAACAGGAGCAGCAGGAGUGCUGCAGUUCAUGUGGCUGAGGGAUGCGGUGAGAUUCCUCCUGGAUGACAGCUGGGCUGGGGACACAAAGGCGGAGCUGCACGCCUCCUGAGUGCCCUUUUCAGUGCUUCCUUCCCUACAGCCCCUCCUGCUGGGCCUGGCUUCCCGUAUUGGACAGCAAAGAGAAAAAGGCAGUUUGGUCCAUAGAGUAACAUAACAGUGUUAAACAUUCCAUUGUUUAAAUAACAAUUCUAGGUCAGUGGUGAAAAGCGCUCCUCUUCUGAUUAGUAAAGAUGAAUAAUUGCAUUUAUUUUACCUUUAUUUUUGUAUAAUAAAUCCUUGGGAACUGCA